CUAAAAUCCUAAUCAUAUAAAAAGAUAUAAACUAAUAAUUUAAGGAUAGCCUAAAAGGCAGCUCCAGUUGUUUUACUUUCUUAAAGAAAACAGUAACAGAAGACAAAAAGCUCUUCUGUUAUUACAAAAACAAUCAAAUUAAGCUAAGAAAUGAAUCUUAUAACCCACAAUCACAUGCCUUAAAGUAUUACCACAGGCUUUUGGAAGAAUCUAUAUCCAGCUGUUGAUAAAUUGGUUCAAUAAUCACUUCUACUAACUUCCUCUAUAAGGCUAACAUGGGAUAUAAAUAUGCUUGUUGCAUGCAACAAAUCAAAAUGAGAGGAAGCAAGAGAACAGAAAAGCCUCUUUCAUACAAAUCUCCAUUAAUGGAGCUUCAAGCCAUUCCGAAACCAAACCAGGAGGAAGUUAUAUUACAUUUUAGCCAUCCACAUCACCCUCUGGUUCUGAUGAAUUUGCCCUACCUCUUUACCUGCAUGGGUUGCAAAGAGUUUGGUGCGGGGAAGAGGAUGAAAUGCCAAAUAUGUGAUUUUGAGCUUCAUGAUUUCUGUGCCUUUGCUCCUGCUUCUCUCAUUAAUCAUCCAUUCCACUAUAAUCACCAGCUUGUUUUUUACACCAAAUCAGGUGGAUUUCUUUCUUCAAGAUGUCAAAUAUGUAGCAAUUCAGCAAAAGGAUAUGUAUUUAAGUGCACAAUAUGUGGAUUUCAAAUGCAUCCUUGCUGUGCUAUGAUGAAUUGGGAGAUGAAUUUUCCAAUCCAUCAACACCCAAUGAUUAUUUCACAACAACUGAAUGGUGAUGUGGGCAUUCUGUGCAGAAUCUGCCAUAGAAAGAAGUCUGGAUUGAUGUACUGUUGUGGAGUUUCAUGUGGCUAUUAUAUUCAUGCAAUUUGCGCAAAAGAAAUGAUUAAUGGCCUUUAUGAGAAUGGAAUUAAGCCACCUGAGAAAAGCAAAAUGAUGGGGACAUCAACAUUAAAGCUUGCGUCUCAUUUUAUAUUUGGAAUUAUAGGGGACCUUGUUGAAGGAAUUGGAGAAGGGAUUGGAGAAUCGCUCAUAGAUAGCAUUGCAAGAGGAAGGUGUGCGAGUAUGAGAUCUAAGCUUCUUCCAUCAAAUUAGAUUGAUUUGGAUUGUGGAAUAUAAAUAAUUUGUUUUAUAAGGUUUCGUGACUUGAUUGGCUUAUUUGCUGUAUGUAUGUAUAAGAUAAAUGAAUGUUUGCUAUCUUUGUGUGAUUGAGAGUUUGUAAUACUUGUUUUCUGCUUUUAGUUAAACUGGGGGUGGCACUCAAUUUACAAGUUCUA